GGGCGGCUGCCGCAUGGGCGGCGCGGAGCCCGCCGCGGCGCCCGCGAUGAUCACGCUCGAGGACCUGGACGGGAUGGCCGAGGAGAGCCCCGACUCCGCGUACCACAGCAACGGCAGCAGCCUCGAGGAGGAGGCCGAGCGCAUGGAGGACGAGGAGCAGGAGCGGCUGCUCAGCUACUGGCAGAGCGUGGGCCGGGGGCACCAGGUGGACGUGCCCCGCGACAUGGCCGAGCCCAUUCAGCAGCUGACGAGGAACAACAGCCCCCAGGAGAGACAGAGCAUCCCCUUCACRGUGAUCCAGCGCAAAGAGAAGCUUGGAGACCUGCUUUAUGAAAAACGUCAGUAUGGGAAAGCCAAGUGGGCUUGUAUAAAAAUGAAAGAAAAACAGUACGAGCAGAGCAUAUGUCUGGGAUUCAUGAAGCUGAUGAGGUACAUUUGUGAGCAGAACUCCUCAGGCCUGUACCUGGGGAUUACAAUUCCCAUCGUGACCAUAGUCCACACGAACGAGUCCCAGUCGGAGAUGGCGCGGGCGGUGACGGUGGCGUAUUACCUGCCCCCCGCGCUGCAGGAGGAGCCGCCUCAUCCCUUCGACGACGACAUCGUCAUYGAAGAGUGGCCUUCUACUAUCGUGUACAGCAGGAGCUUCAGAGGAAUCACCAAUGAAGACUCCAUAAUGAGGGAAAUAAACCUGCUGGCAGAAAUUCUGGAGAGUCCCGAGCUCUGCUUGCAGGAUACAUUCAUCAUUGCAGGAUAUACAAACCCAGCUGCUGCUAAUCGGAUUAAUGAAAUAUGGUUCCUCCAAAGACCAUAGUCUCCCUUUCCUGCUGCCUUUCAAGUACAACAUUUGGUUCUAACUUCAUGACAGAAUAUUGCAAGUGAAUCGUGUGAGACUAGAGUACAAACACUCAAAAAAAAAGUGGCUUUUAGCAAGACAGUCAGUACAAGUUAAUAAGUGUAUAGAAGUGCCACCUGAAAUGCACACCAUUUCCUAUGUCAAAUUUUACGUUUUGAAAAUAAUUGCUACGCAGAUUUUUAACAUCUUAAAAGAAUAAGGUGGACUAAUCUUCAAUAAGAUAAGGGAGAUAGAGACCUCUCCCCCUACCCACUUAUUAGCAUCCCAAAACUGUUUGUGGCUUGGGACUGUCCUGUGAGAGAUCUUGGAGCUGUGUCCAGCAGCAGGCAGCGCUGCAGCAGCUGCAAAAAGGACAAUGUAGGGGCUUUACAUGGGAGUCGCAUUAAGACCACCCCCUGUGCAGACUAUGCUUCAGAAAAAGAACUUUCAGGCCUUCAUUUUGGAAGAAAAUGGCCAGAUUUAGGGCACUGUGAUUAAACCAAGGAGCAAAACCAGACCAGUGCUGACUGGUUUUGAUAUUAUCACCCAUAGAGCACCAAUUCUUAAUGCUUACCUCAAAAAUAUUUAACAAAAGUAUCUUUUUUAACCAUGAGAAGAGACCAGGAAGUCAAAACAGUCCUAACGCUCAUUAAACUUUUGAUAGGCUCGUUAAACUUUUGAUACACCUUUUGAUUAGGUAUAGCCUAAUAACCCACUCACAGCAACCUCAUGACUGUACGUGGUGUCCACAAAUGAAGGGCCAUGCUCAGCUUUGAGUACUAUGGCCUUGCAAUACAGCUUUGGUGCAUGUCAAUCUGCAGCAACCAAAGUCAUCUGUCAGCUACUGCUCAUGCUCAACCUCCCGCUGCCACGGGGCCCACGGUUCUGCGGCAGAAAGGCCCAGCUGAAGGGCAGGGGAGCGCAUGGGCGCCUAUCCUGUCCAUGUGCUGAGUCUCCAGGAGGGCCAUUCCCACAGCCCUCCAGGCCACAUUCCAAUAUUUGACCACWCUCACUGCGAGAACCUAAUUUUCAGUGUUGAAACUUGCUUCCUUUACCCUUCGUCCAUGUGACAUAUGGUAAAUCUUCAAGCAUGGCAUGUUGUACUCAAAGAAAAACUCAUAAUUCUAGAUGCAUCAAAAAUGUGAAAGCACCAUUCAAGUUAUACAUAUAUAUACAUAAAAUAUAUUUAAUCACAUUAUUUAAUACAAUUAAGUUAGUUCAUAAAGUUUCAAAAACUUUACCACCAGCAUUAUUUAUCAGUUGCAAGAUUUCAGCUUCAGAGCUUUUGUGUUCCUUGGUUUAAACAAAGCACAAAAACAAAACAAGUAAACACACGAUAACCAAACCCAGUGUCUACUAGUGCCCAGUCCUAUUAAUUGCCAAACAAAAGGGGUUUAUAUAGUACUUCUGGAAUAAAGUACAGAUCAGGACCUCUAAGCCUCCUAGCUCCACAAGGCUUU